ACUUUUAUUUUAAUCAUGUAUUGUUAUUAAUAAUUAUUAAUCAAUACUUUUUUUUUUUUUGAUUAUUUAGGCGAUUUUAUUUUCAUGCCUCAAGAUGGAUGGAUAUUUCCAGUCUCGAUAAUAUUCGAGGUAGAGAUCAUGGCGUUCCAUUAUAUAAUGAUGCGAGACAAGCUUUUGGAUUAGCAAGAAAAAAAUCAUUUGCAGAAAUAUCAAGUGAUCCUGAUGUACAGAAAAGAUUGCAAGAUACUUAUACAACGGUAGAUCGAGUUGAAGCAUUAAUGGGUGGAUUAGCAGAAGAUCAUGUUAAUGGUGGAAAUUUGGGAGAAUUAUUUUAUAAAAGUUUUUCAGAACAAUGGGUAAAAAUCAGAGCCGCAGAUAGAUUUUGGUAUGAAAAUGCAGAUGCAGGAUUUAGUAAAGAAGAUAUAGCAAAAAUUCAAAUAACAACAUUAUUAGAUAUCAUAAAAAGAAAUACUCCAGAUUCAUAUUAUCCUCAAAAUCUUUGGUUUGUACAAUCUUUUAAUUCAGCAGGCCCAUCUGAUGGCGCUAAUAAUGGUUAUAAUUCACCCUUAUCACUUUCUGAUGAUUAUAAUAUUCAAUGGAAAAUGGAUUCAACAAACAUCACUUUUCAAAUUACAAUGAGAAGUACAAAUGCGUGGUUUGCAUUAGGGUUCAAUCCUAAUGGUAAUGGUAUGACAGACACUGAUAUGAUGAUAUUUUGGAAUGAAAAUAAUUCUGUUACUGGAAAAAAUUUUAAAGGAAUUGGACUUGGUAUUGUACCUAUGCAAUUGGGUAAUGAUGACCAAAUUAUAACUAUUAUUAGUCAAAAAGUUGAAGGUGGUACUACUUCACUUGAAGUUACUCGUCCAAUAAAUAAUAAAAAUAGAAAAUCUCUAGACGGUAAUAUUGAAAUGGUUCAUGCUUGGAAUCCCAAUUCAAAUAUUUUAACUUAUCACGGUGGAAAUCGUGGAAAAAGAACAAUAAAUUUCCGAACAGGAGCAUCUACGGAUCUUACAGAUAACAGACCAGGACUAUUAAGAAUGCACGGAAUUGCUAUGUUUAUUAUUUGGGGGGUUCUAUUUCCAUGUUCGAUAUGGAUCGUUAGAUAUUUAAGACAUAUUGAUAGUUAUAUGGUACAACAUCGAAACCUAAAUUUAUUUGGUGGAAUGGUAAUAGCAGUAUUUGCCGCAGUAGCUCUAACGGCAACAUCUACACAUGGAACAAGUUCUCAUGCAGUGGUGGGAAUAACAAUAAUUACCAUAACAGCAAUACAAGUUUCUUUGGGUAUAUUGGCGAUUUGGAGUUUGGAACACGUUGAGUCAGCAUCAACAGGAAUUGUUCGUUAUUUAAAACAUUUUCAUUUUUAUUUAGGAACUGCGUUACUUUUAACUGCAUGGGCCAAUAUAUUCUUGGGAAUGAUAACAUAUGAUCAGAAAUUUGGUGGGAAUCGUGGCGAGAAUAGAGGGUAUAUUUGGGCAUACACAGUAUGGUUAAUAUUGUUUGGAUUUGCAAUAACAGCAAGUGAAUUUUAUUAUAAAAUUAAGAAUAUGCAAUUCUUGUGGCCAGUAAAAGAAUCGGAUGAUUUAACAAAACGUAUUCGUAAAUGUAUUCCCGAUGAAGUUUUCGAAACUUUACCUGUCGUCACCUGGGAAGAAUUUAAUAAAAGAAUUAUGACAGGAGCGAAUUUAGUCGUAGCAGAAGGAUUGAUAUUUGAUAUACACAGAUGGAUUCCACUACAUCCGGGAGGACAAAAAAUCCUACAACGUGUUAUAGGAACAGAUAUUACCAAUGAUUUCUUUUUUGAUCCAAUAGUAAGAACAGUGAUCCAAAAUAGCCUUAAAGAAGAGUAUAAUGUUAAAGAACCUAGUAUACCGUUAUUAACAGAUGAUACAUACAAAGAAAAUAGGGAAAGUUAUACUAAGAGUAAACCUUAUAGUGUAGCUAAUGCUGUUGAUAGGAUUAAUGCUACAGCAUUUAAGAAUCGUAGGGUUGCAAUGCAUAGUCAUUCAAAAUUUGCUACAUCGAAAUUAGCUAGUAUGGUAAUCGCUAGAAUAGUAGGUGAUGAUAAUUCUUCAAAUCAAAAUAAUAGUGAAAAGGCAUUAAUUCCGCAACCACCACCAUAUUCUCCUUAUAUUUUCAGAAGAUAUAUUUUAACAAAUAUUGAAAUUGUAACAAGACCUAACGCUUUAAACGUUGUGAAAAAAUUAACAUUUCAAGUUAUUCACCCAAAUGAUAAAUUACCUAAAUUCCUUCCAGGUGAUUAUAUUGAAAUUAUGAGUUAUGCUAAUAAUCACGUUAUUAUCAGACCUUAUACUCCACUUCAAGGGCCAACUGAAACUAGUUUUUGUAUAUUGGUUAAGAUAUACAAAGAUGGUGUUAUGACUCAACAUUUGAAUAAACAAUUAAAAAACUUUGAGGUCAAAGUGAGAGGGCCAUUUGAUAUAGCAGAUAGAAUGACAACAAAUUAUCAGGCACCUUCAACUACAUUAGAACCACCAAAUACAUUAACAAGACCAUCAUCACCUAUGAUAAGCUCGUUUGGUUUUAAUGGAUUAGAUUACAUGAUAAGACCAAAUAACUUCUCAACUUAUUUCCAGUACGAAAAUCAUCAUAAAGGAUAUAGUAUUAGUAAUUCUAAUGAAAGUAAUAAUAAUGUUAUACUUGGUGAUAGAACUGGAGUAUUAUUAAAUAAAGAAAGAGAAGAUUUAUGUUGGGAUUGUUUGUUUAUGGUUUGUGGUGGAACGGGAAUUACUCCGAUGAUACAGAUGGUAAGUUAUUUAUAGACUUUUAAUUUAAUCUAUAUCUUUAUAAAAAAAAAUAACUAAUUAAUUGUUAUUUAUAUUUAUUUAGAUACAAUAUCAUAUGGAAAAAGCGACUUCUUCAAAUUCCAACUUCAGCUUAUAUUUAUUAGCAGCAUUUGAUAA